AUGGGGUCUUCGGCAGAAGAAGAAUAUGCUGCAUUCCUAGAGAAGGUUGAACGGACGAUUUACUUUGACAACCUAUCACCACAGGCUACUGAGUCUGUUUUGAGAACUGGCAUUGAUCAGUUUGCAACUGUCAAAAGUGUCAAGUUUAUUUGCAACUACAAUGAACCAAGGGACAUGCCAAUGUGUGCAUUAGUGGAAUUGGAUUCUGCUUCUAAAGCCAAAGAAGUUAUAUCAUUGAUAUCGCAACGUCCUUUCAUGAUGUGUGGGAUGCCUAGGCCUGUAAGGGCACGCCAAGCUGAAGUGGAAAUGUUCGAUGAUCGCCCCAGGAAGCCAGGCAGAAAGAUAGACUGCCAAUGGUUGAAGCCUGAUGACCCUGAUUUUAAGGUGGCACAGGAACUGAAGCGGCUUACACACAAACAUACUGCUGAAGCUGCGUGCCUCAUGGAACUACAGCUACAAGAAGAAGAGGAGCUUCAUAAGCAGCAGACAGCCACACUAAAGGGAUACUAUGAUAAGUUGAAGAAAAUUGAAAGCGUUAUGGCUGAUGGAACUGCCCGUCGUUUGGCACGCAAGUAUAAUCUGCAUCUUCCAGAUGACUGAAGGAGUUUUAAUAGUUUUCUAUUUUUAGCUUUAGAGUAUCUCCCUA